AUGAUUUCAAUCUUUGAUGAAAUUGACACCAAAGUGAAUAACUGCACGCAGUUUUGACACUCAUUAGACGAGUACGCAUUGGAAGAUAUCAAAGAGAAUAAAAUAUUUGAAGGAGUUUUAAGGCUUCUGAGCGCAAAUAAACUGGGAAAAGAGAGACUAUUUGUUUUAACUAAAACAUCAAUAUACUCGUUUAACAAAAGGAAUGACCGGAUUCCUCAAUUAAUGUCUAAAAUCAACUGAAAACUUGUUGAAGCUUUCAUUGAACACAAUCUAGAAGAAGAACGUUACGGAUUUAAGAUAUUCCAAAAUACUAUAUCUCAAGAUUUUUUUGUUAAAAGUUCUGAGGAUCUAGAUAUAUGGAUCAACCAUCUUUCUUCCAUAUCAAUUAUGACUGAUUUAGAAGACGAUUAUUCAUUUAUAAAACAAAUCGGAAAAGGCAGCUUUGCAGAUGUUUAUCUUGCUCAAGAUUUAGAUAAUGAUGAUAAAUACGCCAUUAAGCGGAUCUCGAAAAAUAAAAGUCAGAUGAAUGCGAUUGGUAGCAAAGGGAUGAUAAAUGAAAUUGAAAUCAUGAGAAAACUUAAGCAUCCUUAUAUACUUACAUUGCACAAAAUUUAUGAAACUGAGCAUCAUAUAAAUUUAAUUUUGGACUAUGUAGAUUAGAUUAGAUUAAAUUAUAGCGGGCCUCUGGGAAUUAUUGCAGCCUCUCUCUGUCCUAAGGACAGUUUCGUGUUGGCGCUAAGCGCUAUCCUCGCACCACCUUUUUUGCCUCUGAUGUCACUAAAAAAUGGUGACGUCAAAGGUCUAACUGAGAGACAACCUAACCGAUCGGCACCACCUUUCUUGGUCCCAACAAUCAGCUGAAAGGCUCCUUAACCUUUGACAGGGCUCAAGAGUAUAGGUGAAUCGCCUUUGCCUAUUCCAUGGCCUGUCAGAGCCGUAUCGCAGGCUCGAGAUAGCUCCUAUGGAGUAGCAUGGGACUUUGCGCCGGUAGGGUUAUCCUCAGGUAAGGAAAAAAGACUUAGGGUCAGCCCCUAGUCCAAAAACCUACCCCGGAGAACUAUCUCCAUGUGCUCGCUUUCCUGGGUCGGAUCAACUCACGGGUCACCAUUAUUCCACAUCAGACCACACAUUUUAAUAAUUCUGAACUAUGUAGAAGGGGGUGAGCUUUUCCAAAGAAUAAUGCAAAAUGGCAAAAUCCUUGAGUCUUAUGCAGCUAAAUUCUGUGCUAAUUUAUUAGAUGCUCUUGAAUAUCUUCAUUCACAGAAUAUAAUGCAUAGAGAUCUGAAGCCAGAAAACAUACUAAUGGUAUCCAAAUUUAAUGAUUAUGAGUUUAAAAUCUCUGAUUUCGGCUUAGCAGUGCAAACACAAGAAAAACAAGAAUUAAGAUGUGGAUCCCCAGGGUAUGUUGCGCCUGAAAUAUUAAGAAAAGAGCCUUAUGGGAAAGAAAUUGAUCUUUUCAGCACUGGGAUUUUGAUGUAUGUCAUUUUAUCCGGGAGGGCUCCAUUCCCAGGAAAAGACACAAAAGAGAUUUUAUAUAGAAAUAAAGAGUGUAGAAUUUAUUUCCAAGAUAAAUAUUGAAAUGAAAUUUCUCAAAAAGCAAUUGACAUGGUCCAGAGGCUUACUGAUCCUAAUCCGGAGUUCAGGAUAUCAAUUAAUGAUGCCAAAGAGCACCCUUGAAUUUCUUUUUUGACAAAAAAAACUCAUAGAAAAAUAUAUGUCAUAAUGGAUCAUUUCACUAUAAUGUGAUUAAGAUUAAGUCUUAUAAUAUUAUCGAAUUCAUUUAUAAUACUUAGAAUACAUCCCAAAGCAAUUAGAAGAAUCAAAAGACAAAAUUGUAUCUCCAAGAAGUGGCAAUGCAAGUAUGAUUAAAAUCAGUUAUCGAGCACAUAAUGAAAAAAGAGGAGAGCAUGGUUUUGCAACAGAAAGGGUUGGAAAAGACAAGCAUAGCUGGGUAGGUGUAUUAUUGAAAAAACAUCACAAAAUAGUUACUCCUACCCAUAGGGCUAAAAUAAUGGCAUCAGGUGACGAAUAA